UGUUGGAACCUUAUUUAAAUAAGUGUAUAGAAUCUUUGUAUAAUAUACUAUGUGACUCGAUAAUUCAAGAUAGUGAUCAGCAUAGUGUACGCUUAAUGAAAGAAUGGUUACUAAUACGAAUUUAUUUAUCAAAUCAAAAUCUAUUGUCUAAUUUAUGGAUCUUUUUUGACAAGAUUUGUAACGAACGUCCAAGCAGUAUAAAUUCUAUAAUUGGUAUUAUCUGGCAUGUUUCCCAACAAUUGUCCAAAGAAGCACUUAUCGAAUUCAUUAAAAUAGCAUUACCAAAGUUAGGAAUUUGUUGUAUGAAACAGCAGUUUGGAGUGCGUUUAUUUGGUCAAAUAUUUUUUAUUAAGCUAUAUAAAUUAUUAGGCGAAGAUUCUGACAUCUGUAUAGAAUAUUUAAGUUUAUAUAAAGCCAUCUCGGAAAGUUUACAGUGUGUUAACUAUCAAAAAAAUUCUAUUCAAGUUGAUGAAAAUUUUUUUUACACAAUUUUUAAUCCAAUACAGCACUAUACUUUAGAGACAAUAUAUCAUCAUUUACCCCGAUUGUCUAAUGUCAGUAUUGAAGAAUGGAUAUCAAAAGAAAAUUUUAAAGAUCAAAUUUUUCUAAAUAUGGCUGUUAAUAUAAAAAUGAGUAAUGAUGAUAAUAGAUUAGAUCAAGCAAUAAUUCCUUAUUCAUUCCAAAAGUCUAGUGAAAAUACUAAACCAGAAGAGAUUGAGUGUUCUCAAAUCACAACUGAUAUUCAAAAAAAAAUUAUACCUUGGAAAAUAACAUUACCUAAUGAUAAAGAACUUACGCACAUGGAUAAUUUCUCGGAUUUAAAGAAUAAAAUAAAGAAUAAGCAAAAAAUGAUAAUUGUUGCUUCUCUUGUUGAUAAAUCACAAAAUUUAGGUGGAAUUGCAAGGACGUGUGAAAUAUUUGGAGCAAAGGAGCUUGUUAUUUCUAAUUUGAAGCAAAUUGAGGAUAAAGCAUUUCAAACAUUAAGUGUAUCAUCUGAUAAAUGGCUAAAAAUAAUCGAGGUGAAAUCAUUUUUACUUGACAAAUACUUAAUGGAAAUGAAAGAUUGUGAUUGGACUUUAAUUGGAGCAGAGCAAACAAUUAAUAGUGUGAAUUUAAUUAAUUUCAAAUUUCCAAACCAAACGGUCCUUGUUUUAGGAAAUGAAAAAAAUGGAAUUCCUGCAAAUAUUUUACCAUUACUAGAUGUGUGUAUUCAAAUACCACAAUUUGGUAUAACACGAUCGCUAAAUGUUCAUGUCACGAGUGCAAUUUGUUUUUGGGAAUAUAUUAAACAGCAUCAAAUACAGUAUUGAAAAUUUCAAAAGCUACAUUGAAAUAAAAUUAAAUGUUUAUUAUUUCAGUAAAAUUCAUAAUAAAAUGUUUAUAUUUU